AUCAAGUUACCAAAGUUGCCCAUUAAACUUUUUAAAUCACAAACAUAGCCUUCUGUGUUCCUAUAAAUAAGGAGUGAUAUCAUUCCCCAUGCUGCCAUAAUCCAAAGCUAAAAAAGAAUGGCUCAUCCUGAAGAGUUGGAAGCUCUCACCAAGGCUUUUUCAGGCCUUGGAGUUGAUGAGAAGUCAUUGAUAUCAAUUCUUGGGAAAUCACACCCUGAGCAUAGGAAAUCCUUUAGGAAGGGAAGUCCUCACUUAUUCAUUGAAGAUGAACGUUCUUUUGAACGAUGGGAUGAUGACAGUGUCCAUCUUCUCCGGCAAGAAUUUGCGCGAUUCGAGAAUGCUCUUGUGAUCUGGGCUAUGCAUCCAUGGGAAAGAGAUGCUCGUUUGAUUUACGAGGCGUUGAGAGAAGGUCCACAAUCUUAUGGUGUGAUUGUAGAGAUUGCAUGCACAAGAUCAUCAGAAGAGCUUCUGGGAGCAAGGAAGGCUUACCAUUCCCUCUUUGAUCAUUCCAUUGAAGAAGAUGUUGCCACACACAUCUCUGGCACUGAGCGGAAGCUCCUUGUAGCACUGGCGAGUGCCUACAGGUAUGAAGGGCCAAAGGUUAAGGAAGACUCAGCAAAAUUUGAAGCGAAAAUAUUUGCUAAUGCUGUUAAGAAUGGUGACAAGACGAAUCCCAUUGAGGAUGAUGAGGUGAUUAGAAUACUGUCAACAAGAAGCAAGCCCCAUUUAAAGGCAGUUUACAAACAUUACAAGGAAAUUUCCGGGAAUGGCAUUAUUGAGGAUCUUGGCGCUGCUAAUUUAAUCUUAAAGGAGACAGUUGAAUGCUUAUGUACUCCUCAUGCAUUUUUCAGCAAGGUUUUGGAUAAGGCAAUGAGAAAGGAUGCAGAUCAUAACACCAAAAAGGCACUGACUCGAGUAAUUGUAACCCAAGCAGACAUUGAUUUGAAGGAGAUCAGUGAACAGUAUAACAGCUUAUAUGGAAUUCCUCUAUCAAAGAAAGUUGAAGAGACUGCAAAUGGGAACUAUAAGGAUUUCUUGCUUGCCUUGAUAUCAAGGGAGAACUAAUAGAAAAGAAGAUGACUAUUGAAAUUUAAAGGAUUCCGGUUAAGCUAUUGAAAACUGGCUUGAAUUAAAAUUGUUCUUUUGUUGAUCCUUGCAAGUUUCAUUACAAGUUGUCUUGUGCAUGUAUGCAUCGUGUUGAAAAGAGAAGCAUCAAUAAAUUGAAAUUAUUCCUUCUGUUGA